CCACUAGGUGGAGUUUCCGAUGGCGUUGGCUUUUCACUGCUUUCUAGCUCGGUUACAGCGGGGACGCCCUCAUCCCUGUGUGAGCGCCAGAGAGGUUACAGAGCCGGCGCUCGGCCCUGAGCCUUUCCCCCCGCACUCGGCAUAACAGUUCUUCGAUUGUGGAGAGAGAGAAAAAAAGAAACAGGGUCAAAGCGAUGGAGUCCGAAAGCAUCGAGCUGAACGGCGAUCCGAGAAACGGCGGCAGAGCUGGGGAUGCGGGGGAGAAUCCGACCAGGAGGCGAAGACAAUCCAUCAACUUCAAUCACUAUGCCAACAAGAAGAGUGCAGCAGAAAGCAUGCUGGAUAUUGCCUUGCUGAUGGCCAAUGCAUCCCAGCUCAAAGCAGUGGUCGAUCAAGGGCCUCACUUCAACUACUAUAUACCACUCAUCAUUCUCAUUAGCCUCUCACUUCUAUUUCAGUUAAUAGUGGGUAUCUUAUUGAUAUUCAUUGUCAAGUAUGAUCUGAAUGACCGUAACAAACAAGCCAAGCUGGACGUUCUCAACAAUAUCACCACAGGCCUCGUCUUCAUAAUUGUCAUUGUGAAUAUUUUCAUCACAGCUUUUGGAGUACAACGGCCUCCUUCUUACGAGACAGCUCCACAACAUCUUUAGCAACCCACAAAACAAGCUUGUAAUGGAACUUUCUGAGCUACAAAGGAUUCUCAAGAUCUCAUGCAUCACUGGCACAGUUGCAAAAUUAACAAGAGAGCUUUUAAAAGGCAGGCCUUUUAAAAUAUCUCUCUUAACAUGUGGCUGUCUGCAUAAGGAAAUACAACUUACAUGUUUCCACUGAAUAAAGAAUCAUGCAUCAGUAUUUGAAGUGUACCGAGGGCAUUACAGUUUUGUAAAAUACAGCCUUUCUUUCUGCCAAUACAAUUGAUGAACAAUAUUGUGCAUAUCUGAAAUAAGUGACACUUCGAAAUUCAGCAAAAUAUGUUUUGUUGCAAAUAGUAAAUGUAAAUAAGCACAUCUUUAAAAGUAGAUAUAUUAUUUUGAAAAUUAGAGCUUAUAGAAAUAAAGGCAGUUAUGAAAUAGACCAGGAAUGCUUAAACAUGUUAUAACAACCAACCAGUUUAUGGAACAUUUCAGUAAUAACAACAGUAAACUUAGCAUCAGAUUGUAGGUGCAAGAUUGAGACAGUAAUAAUGGAAUGCUUGUAAAUUUACCAAUAGGAGCAUGACCUUUGAAAAGGCCAGUUGGACAGCCUGUAUACUUUUUGAACUUUUCUGCACAAUGUGAAACAUUUGAAAUGUUGUAUUUUAGAAUUGUAAGUCUUUAUUGAGAAUGGAAAAUAUUUUACUUUUUUUAGAGGAAUGUUGCUACAAUUGUACACUCUAUUUUUGAUUCCAAAGUGCUAAAAUGAUUUGUUAAUGUAGCUGUGCGUUCUGAUCAUGCUCACUUGUGUACCUUUACAUAUCUUUAAAAUGCAAUUGUAAAUCUUGGGAUUCUUCUAUCUAUUUUUCCAUUCCUCUCAUGAUGUUUUCCUUACAUUUAGUUCUCCGUUUGUUUCUUCCUCUGCACCACACCUUUAAUAUUUUAUUUCAUUCUCUUCCCCUCAUUUUGAAUUCUUCCCUCUGUAUUUUUGCCUGUGUUUUGUCCAGGUUACACUUCCCUCCAACUGUGCUUUAUGAUCCUUCACCAUGAUGGACACGUUUGCAUCGCUUACUUUCGUAUCUGCUUCUCAUCAUAAUCAGUGACCUCUGGUGAAAAUGCAUGGUGUGGAUGUUGGAUGGGCAUAGCAUCAGGCUUGACUAUGUUCCACUGUUUCAUGAUAAAUUGACGGCCAAAAUGUGGAUGGACUAAACUGCUAAGAUGGAAAUGAACACUCUGGUGAAUUCACAUUAACUGAUUUGUAAGCCAAAGAUAUAAAAGUUCGUGAGAAGAGCAAAAUGUAAAAUUGACCAAGAAUAUUUAGUGAGAGGAAGAAAUGAGUUAGCUUUUCUAGUGUAUCAUUCCAUUCAUCAGCUUGCUGGUUGACAAUUUCCCAGAGUACAGCUGGUUCAAAAUGGGCAUGACUUUUUCUCUAUCACUUCUUACCCUUAGGCAACAUCAGAGGAUUAUCAUUACAUGACAUAAGCAAACAAAAUAAUGGAUUCUUAGAUGAAAGAUCUUGGAUUUGGAAUGUUAAAUUUACUUCUGACUCCACAGGUGCAGCAGGUUAUGCUCGAUAUUUUUAGCAUUUUCUGUUUUGACUGACAAUGAACUCAUUCUUCCAGUUGAGAUACAUUAAUACAUAAAAUAUUUAUUUUAAAUCACAUUUUAAAAAUAUGUACAAACUGCAGUGUACUUGCUUUUCUAGAUUAAUGCACGAACAUUCUUAAACAUAGAAAGUAUUUGAGAAGCAAAAUACCAGAGAUAUUGGAAAUCUGCAAUAAAAACUAAAUAUGCUGGAAAUACAGAAGCAGCUGACCAAAUCAAUGGAGACUGAAGCAGGAUUAAGUAUUUAAGGUCAAAUAUAGUCCAUUAGAGCAAAAUGUGUCCUAUUUAUAUGAGGACAUUUAUUCUCUCUUUGUCAUUUGCCUGUUUUUGUAUUACUCUCCCUCUGUUGUGGUGACCUCUCAUUGCCACAGUCUUGUUGACCAUAUAAUGAGUAUGUGAAGGCCUCCAGCCUCAAAGACACUCACCUAUAGGAGACACAGGACUCAACAAGGGGCUAACUAUUAUGAGAAGCUGCAUUUGUGGUCAGCCUCUGCCAAUGAAGAUUCAUCUGCUCCUCUCUGAACCGUUUGCUAGACAUGUACUGACUGAUGUAGAGGCCAGCUGGGCUUGCUCCAUUUUGAGGCACCCUCCCUGUCCCUGCUGUUCAUUAGCAGCACACACCUCCCUCAGUGGAGCUGCUAAAACCCAGGAGCUGCCUGCCCUUUAUGGGCCCUGCACCAAAGGGCACCUAUCCACAUUUGGUGAGCUAGGAGGCUGCUCCUAGAAAAUUGCAACACAACCUUGUUACCAAUUUUGGUCUUAACACCAAGUUCACAAAUCCUGGAGGAAAUUUGUUCCCAAAAUACUUUCCUACCAAGAUUAAAAUGAAAUCUCUUGGGUUCUAAAUAACAAGCUACAUUAUCUCUUCCACUAUAAGUAAAUGACCAGCAAUUACUUCCAGCAUGUGCAAAUAGUAAGUUCCACCUGAUCUCACCCAAAAAGGUGUCAAAAAAAUCUCUUCUCAUUUACAAUCUUCUAUAGAAAGGAUAUUGUUAAAUUUGAGAAGGUCCAGAAAAGAUUUACAAACAUGUUACUGAUGAUGGAUGGUUUGAGGGAAAAGGAGAGGCUGAAUAGGCGAGGGCAUUUUUCUCUGGAGUGGAGACUGAGGGGUGACCUUGUUGAGGUUUAUAGAAUCAUGAGGGGCAUAGAUAGGGUGAAUAGCCAAAGUCUUUUUCCUACGGCGAAAGAGUCCAAAACUAGAGGACAUAGAUUUAAAGUGAGAGGGGAAAGAUUUAAAAAGGACCUGAAGUGUAACUUUUUCACACAGAGGGUGGUGCGUGUACGGAACAAGCUUCCAGAGGAAGUGGUGGAGGCAGAUACAACAUUUAAGAGGCAUCUAGAUUGUGACAUAAAUAGGAAGGUUUUGGAGGGGUAUGGGCCAAAUGCUGGCAAAUGAGACGAGGUCAGAAUGGAAUGUCCGGUCCGCACGGAUGGUUUGGACUGACAGCUCCGUUCCUAUGCUGUAUGACUGUAUAACUAAAAUCAUUAAAUUAAUAAUAUAGUCACAAGUGAUAGGAUGUUCUCUGUCUCAGAGUCUGGCUACUGAGAUCAGAACAACUAAAAUAAUGUGGGUCAAACCAGUUGUCAGCUACAAAUUGAAUGUCGAACAAUGGCCAUGGCACUGUGAAUCAUGAGUGCAAUAUUAAGCUACUCUUACUUCCUUUGUUUUCAUGUUAGUUUUGUUUUAAAUGAACAAAGGAUUAUAAAUUACAUCCUUGUAUUUUAAUAUAUAGUGUUUACCAAUAUUAGAAAGGAAAACAAAUAUUAAAGCAUUUUGACUAUUUUCUACCAUUAUAUAUCCAUUUAUAUUGAGCAGGAGCACAGUGCAUUAUUAGCUAGAGAGACCUUAAUAUUCAGAGUCUUUUCUUUAUAAAUUUGAACAUCUAGAUUUUUUGAACAACUAUUGAGUUUCAUGUAGGUCGGUUCUAAAUAUGUAUCAACUUUUGCAUUAGAAUUUCUCAUUGAGCAGAUUUUUAUAUAGUGAAGCAAUAAUGGGAUUUGCAGAACAAGACAUCAAAAAUAGUGCAUGGUGUAAACUAAGAAAUUCAUGAAAGAAAUGGUGUGUUGAUGUUGACAUGUUGGCUGGAUGAUCUUUCUGGGAUUUUCUUCCUUCUUUUGCAUGGCUUUAGGAGCAGAAGCUGUCAUCAGUUUCAAUGUUAAGUUAUUUAACCAGUCCGAAGACUUGUUGGAGAGCAAGUGUAACUCUCAAAUGUCACCUUUAAACUUGAGUCAGGGAAAAGACAUUAUUAGUUGCUUCAUUAGGGAUUCAGUUAUUAUUGUCCAGUGCUACUUGUAACCCAGUGGCCACAUCAGCCAUGUUUAAUUUGUCUUCUGUUGAAGGUUGUCCACAUUCUCCAGAAGGAGACUGAGCCUGAUUGUUGAGAUGUUGGUAUUGAGGCAAUAUGUUUGUGUCAACAAGGUAAAAACAAUGACUGCAGAUAUUGGAAACCAGAUUCUGGAUUAGAGUGGUGCUGGAAAAGCACAGCUGUUCAGGCAGCAUCUGAGGA